CCUCGACCUCCCUCACUCGGCCGUCGCCCUCCGGCCGGACACCAUGGAGCUGAGCGGCCUGCCCUGCGCCCUCCUCCUCCUCCUCCUCGCCAGCUGCUCCCGCCGCGGCGCCGCCGGUCCGGGCGAGGUGGAGGUGCUGAUGCCAGAGGUGCUGGAGGUCCAGGUGGGCGAGACGGCACACCUCCGCUGUGAUUUCUUCCUGCCCGAAGGCAACUACAGCUACAUCAAAUGGUUCUACCUCACCAAGGACCAGCGGAAUCCCAUCUUCUACGUGUACAAGGGCAAGGGCCAGGCCAACCUGGGCGAAUUCCAGGACCGGCUCUCACUGGUGAGCGAGACCCAGCUGGACCUGGCCCGGGUCACUCCCCGCGACGAGGGGGACUUCGUCUGCCAGGUCGGAGCCACCGACGCCCGGACGCAGGAGAACCGGACUCAGCUGCGGGUCUACAAAGCCCCCGAGGAGCCCACGAUCCAGAUCACCACCACGGGCAUCUCGGUCACCAACAAGAACCUGGAAGAGAUCGCCAACUGCGUGGGUAAAAAUGGGUACCCCGCACCCAAUGUCACCUGGUACAAGAAUCGGACAUCCUUGAAGCAGGAGAAAGAUAAGGUCAACAUCCUCUCGACACGGAUCAAAGAGUCCAACGGGCUGUACACCGUGAGCAGCCACCUCUGGGCCCAACUGGAGAAGGGGGACGAGAACGCCCGUUUCUACUGCGAGCUGAGCUACCGGCUACCCGGGGGAGAACACAUGCUGGAGUCCAAGGACGUCACCAUCCCCAUCUUCUAUCCGUCCGAGAAAGUCUGGCUGGAGGUGUCGCCCGUGGCGCCGCUCAAAGAGGGGGACACCGUGGUGCUGCAGUGCCAGGCCGACGGGAACCCGCCGCCGGAAUUCACCUACUGGAAGAAGGAUGCCGCGGGGCAGUGGCAGGAACUGAAGGAUACCCGGGGCGGGCCCCUGACACUGAAGACGGUCUCCAGGGAGGACAGCGGUCACUACCAGUGCCGGGGCCUGGACCUAGACGCGUUGACCGAACUGAUUGGCGACGAGCAGCAGCUACUGGUGAACUACGUAUCCAACGUCCGAGUCCACCCCAAGGUGGCCGUGGGGCACGAGGGCGGUAGCCUGACCGUGAACUGUACUGCGGAGAGCAACCUGCCCCUGGACUUCCAGUGGCAGCGGGAAAAGGGCUCCAAGAUCCUGGCGACGGGCCCCAUCCUGCACCUGAGCGACCUGAGCCGCGACACGGCCGGGGGCUACCGCUGCGUGGCGUCCGUGCCCGGUGUGGCCGGCCUGGCCCGUAGCAAGCCCUUCAACGUCUCCGUCCACAGGUCCCCACGCGUGACGGCGAAGCCCGGGCGGGUACCCGUGCACGAAAACGAGCUGGUGAACCUGACGUGCGAGGCCUCGGGGCACCCCCAGCCCAAGCUCAGCUGGAGCACCAACGGCACCGUCCUCCACCAAACCAUCAACCACCACGUGCUGAGUACCCUGAGCGUGCUGGUGACCCCCGAACUCCUGGAGACGGGCGUUGUGUGCCAAGCGACCAACAAACUGGGCAGCAAUGCCACCACCAUCCUCCUGGAGCUAGUCAGCUUCACCACCCUGACUCCGGGCAUCACCGCCGUGCCAAACUCCACCCCCAGGGCCGACCCCACCGGCCGGACCAACCCUAACGGCACCUCCACAGGGGAUGCUGUGCACAAAGAGCAUAAGCGCCAGGAGAGCAAGGGGGUGGUGAUCGUGGCCAUCAUCGUCUGCAUCCUGGUCCUGGCCGUGCUCGGAGCCGUCCUCUACUUCCUCCACAAGAAGGGCAAGCUGCCCUGCGGCCGCUCGGGCAAGCAGGACAUCACGCUGCCUGCAGUGCGUAAGGACGAGAUUGUAGUUGAAGUUAAGUCAGAUAAGCUCCCCGAGGAGAUGGGCCUGCUCCAGGGCACCAACGGCAACAAGCGGGCUGCAGGAGACCAGGGAGAGAAGUACAUCGAUGUGAAGCACUAGCGUCCCCGGUCCGGGCCGUGCUCCCCCCGCCCCUCCUGAACAGCUGCUCCUGCUCCUCCUGCUCCUCUUCCUCCCCGGCGCCUGGGACGGAGGCCAGAGCCCCGCAGAUGGUCUGCGGGAUGGACCCGACCCGGUCCGGCCCCCCGCCGACCCUGGGCCGGGGCCGCCGGCGGGCCGAGCCGUCGCCGGCGGAGAGCGGGGUCUGGGCCGGCCCCCUCCCUCCCGGGCCGCGGGGGCGGUUGGGGCCCCGGUCCCGAGGGAGAGCCCCCACGGUCCGCUCCGGAGAGACCUCCGACGGCUCCCCCUUGCUCCGCCCUCCUCCGGGCUCGGAGUCAAGCCGGUUCUGCCACCCCGAACACUGUGAGCCCCCGCCCCCCCCGACCCACAGCCUCGCCCGACUGAAACACUGUGCAGCUCCUGCGGCCGCGGGCCUCUCUCCGGGGCCAAGAGGCCCGCGGCAGCCACGGCGUGGGUGACCAUUUCAGCUCUCUUGCCUCUUUCUUCUUCCCCCCGGGCCUUCCCCCCCACCCCCACUUCCCCGGCAGAGAUCUAGGCCGGGACUGACCCCUUCCCCUACUUUAGCACUGGGUUGAACAGCUCCCGCGGGGACGAACGGUACUAGCAGUUAGGAAAGGGGGUGGGGCUCGGUUUAUAUAUAUAUAGUUCUGUCGGAUUGAGUGUAAAUUUACCAGUUUCUCUGUUGAGGUUGUUUUUAUAUAUAUAUAUAUAUAUAUACACAUAUAUAUAUGUGUGUGUGUACGUAAGUGACAAUAAAGCUGAAUGGUCCCACA